AUGAAAUCAUUUUUUCGGAGAAUUUUGUAUGUAGAAGGUGGUGGUCGCCGAAAUCAAAGCAUUCAAGAUAAAGUGUCUUUUAGUGCUAAAAGACGCUCAAAAGAUUUGUUUAUAAUUGUUUGUAUAAGUAUUUUGUUGCUGACCUUACUUUAUUUUCUUUUGUCAUUGAAUACCUUCACGACAAGUGGUGGGUCGGAUGCAACAAAUUCAGACAAAAUAAACAGCGAUUCUAAGAAUAAGAGCGAAAAUUCCCAACCUUCCAAAUCAAAAAUUUCAACGAAGGAAAUCUCACCAUAUUCGAAUCAUAUUUUUAUGAGCACCCUCCCUUCCUCGUUAAUCUCUGAUAAACGUUUAAUCUUCAUUGGGGAUGUACAUGGGGCUCUUAAAGAACUUGACGCUCUUCUUGAAAAACUGGAUUUCUCACCGACAAAUGAUCAUCUUAUUUUCACUGGUGAUCUAUGCGCAAAAGGUUCAGAUUCACUUGGAGUAUUGAGAAGAGUGAGGGAGUUGGGUGCAAGUAGUGUGAGAGGAAAUCAUGAUGAUAAAGUGGUGAGAUGGAAGGGAUUUUUGAAAAGUCUGGAAGUGGAUAACAAAGAAUUUGAAGUUAAUAGCGUGCCAAAAGACCUUAAGAUUGGAACUGAACAUGAGAGUAUGGCAAGAGAUAUAACUGAAGAUUUAUAUGAAACACUUCUAUCUUUUCCGCUGAUACUUGAUAUCCCAGAAUAUAAUUUAUAUGUUGUUCACGCUGGUUUACUACCUGAUAUACCAUUAACUGACCAAUCACCCUUUGAUAUCAUGAACAUGCGAAAUGUAAAAAGCGAUGGGACUCCCACUAAACAAAAACACAAGGGUCGCGGAUGGUUUGACCUCUGGAAUCAGGCACAAUCACAAUCCGGAAAUCCUAGAACUAUAAUCUACGGACAUGAUGCUUCAAGAGGAUUACAUAUUAAAAAAUAUACAAUAGGAUUAGAUUCAGGAUGUGGAUCCGGUCGAGAAUUAACUGCAUUGAUAUGGAAUAAGGAUCGCAGUAAAUGCAAGUUUGUUAGUGUAAAAUGUUCAAGACCGAAAGUGAAUUUGGAGGAUUCCGAUUAA